AUGAUUAUUACAGGUGAUGAUGUUGAUGGAAUUAAUGAAUUGAAAAUACAGUUAGCAAAAAUAUUUGAGAUGAAGGAUUUGGGUCCUCUUCGCUAUUUCUUGGGAAUUGAAGUUGCAUACUCUCCUCGGGGUUAUCUUCUAUCUCAAUCCAAGUAUAUUUCCAACAUUCUUGAGCAAGCUCGCCUCUCUGAUACUCGAGCAGUAGAUAGUCCGCUAGAGUUGAAUGUGAAAUAUGUUCCAUCAGAUGGCGUUCCUCUAUCAAAUCCCACCUUGUAUCGUACUCUGGUUGGAAGUUUGGUGUAUCUCACUAUUACUAGACCUGAUAUUGCUUAUGCGGUGCAAGUUGUGAGUCAGUUUGUUGUUUCUCCCACUACUGUGCAUUGGGCAGCCGUGCUUCGCAUUCUUCGUUAUCUUCGGGGAACUCAGUUUCAAAGCCUUUUGUUUCCAUCAUCUUCUCCCUUAGAGUUGCGUGCUUACUCUGAUGCAGAUUGGGCUGGUGAUCCUACUGACCGUAAGUCUACCACAGGGUUUUGUAUCUUUCUUGGAGAUUCUCUCAUUUCUUGGAAGAGCAAAAAGCAGGACAUUGUCUCCCGCUCUUCUACUGAAGCUGAAUAUCGUGCUAUGGCAUCCACGACAACUGAAAUUGUUUGGCUGCGUUGGUUACUUUCUGAUAUGGGUGUUGCUCUUUCUGAACCAACUCCUAUGUAUUGUGACAACAAAAGUGCCAUUCAAAUUGCCCACAACUCGGUAUUUCAUGAACGCACUAAGCACAUUGAAAUUGAUUGUCAUUUCACUCGUCAUCAUCUUCAGCAUGGCACCAUAACUUUGCCUUUUAUUUCUUCAUCCUUGCAAAUUGCUGAUUUGUUCACGAAGACGCAUUCUAUUAAACGUUUUCGUUUCUUGAUUGACAAACUCUCGUUGCUUCCUAUCACUGCAUCUUGA